AUGAAUCGGCUGGCAGCAGCGUUGGAAACCUCGAAGUUAUUGCCGAAGAGCUGGAACUAUCCGAGCCAAGUGGACGACUCGCGACUCUCCGAACGCUCGAAGAAGAUAUUGAAGAAGUUCGAAAAGUUGGACGAAACAGGCAAGCGAUUGCCUGCGAGUCUGAUGUCGGAGCGGGUCCACGCCUUCCACUUUGAAUACGAGAAGACGGUGGCGGAGCUGAUGGAAGUCCUCUCGGACAAGGGCAUCGAGAAGAAUGGAGGCAACCAACUACUUGCGUUCGCCAUAUUUAAUCCGUAUAGUGGCGGAUAUAGAAUCCUGAUGAAGCAGACGAGCUUUCGGGCUGAACUCCUGCUGCAAUCUCCAGGCUAUUGGCCGAGAGACUCCAACUAUCCUGGGGACCAUCAAUACUCCCGUGACCUGAACCGAUCGGUCCGAAUGCAGUCGGCGAUUGAAGGUGGUACUCUUGAGGUGACAGUGAGCUCUGACGCGGCUAGCCGAUCGUCGGAGGAGGCGUUGGGACUGCUGUCAUCAUCGGAGGAGUUGCCAACGAUGGCGGAGCUGUCGAUUGUGAAAGGAUCCGGGGAUAUUGAAGCGGAGGAACCGAGCACGUCAGGGUUGAAGACAUUCUCUCGAAACGGAUCGACGAGGAAAUCCGACAAGCGAAAGCGGGAGCAACUGGAUUCAACCUUGACAACGUCAGCUAAGAAGCAGAAGAAGAGAGAGCCACUCAAAGUUACUACAUUCUUCGAGAAGAAUUCGUCGUCGGACGGUGGCAGUGACUUCAAUGAUGAAACUUUCGAUCAUUUGGUCGUAGUUAGCUCUGAAGAAGAGAAAGCGCCAAAGAAGAAGGUGCUUCCACGACCGAAGGUGCUGUCUAAGAUCGUCCGACCGUACAAUAAGAAGAGAGCCGAGAAGAAGAAGUCAAAGAAGUAG